AUGGAUACGCUACUUUUCACCCACUUGCUUCUAGCCUCGCCACCUGAUGAGUUGGACCGCUUGAAACUACACACUGAACAGGAUCAAUGCAUACAUGCUUAUGCAAGAAAUAUCUUAGAAGGUAAUUCGCACAAUGUUGUCGAGGAUAUAUUGAAAAACGUUGGAACAUUCCUUGAUGCUGAUGGAGAUAUUUUGGCCGCAUUGGAUAGCUACACUGAUAGGAUUAUCAGUGAAGACCUAAGCAAAGCUUUGAUCCUUGCCAUUGCAUCAUUACAGUUGUUCGCUCAGAACAAUUAUACUGGUCCCAAAGCUGACCUAAACAUCACAAAACUGAUCUUCAAUAUUGAUGAAAAUGAGAUGUUACACAAGAGCUUCAUUUCAUUGCUCUCUUCAGCUGGUCAAAUGGCUUACGAAUAUAUGGAUGAUCCAAUUGCUCUGACUCUCGCUCUGUUGUUAUUGGAGAAAAUAACUAGCCAGAAGUCCUUGUUCAACUACCAAAAUGAUGAUGAAUUACCACCAACGGUUGAAAUCAGUGAGGACCAGAGUCCAUUUGAUUGCAUUGCUCAUUGGUGGAGAGCCAGAGCUUUAUUGGCCCAAUUGUCAGUUUUACCGGAAAUGUAUGGUGUCCAACCAGCAGUAGUGGCAUCUAUCUAUGACAACAUAAACUUGGUUAAGAACAUAAACUUAAAUAUAGAAGAAGUUUCAGAGGAGAAACUAAGAAAAAGCUUAUAUGUGAUUUACUAUCUUGAAAGCGUUAAAUGCUCUCUUAUGAUUAACACCGAACAUCAUGCCUUGCCAGCAUUAACAAAAGUUAAAAAGUUAACAGAUUUUAAUUUUGUUCUAACAGGUGCUAGAGCUAAAAGAACCAAAUACCAACAGAAGGCCGUAUCUGGUCUAUUAAUUCUUGCGAAAUCAAAAUUCUUCAGCAACCAGCCAAAAGAAAAUAUAUCAACUCAACCAGAUGUGUUACAAUUAAAUUCAGAAAUAUUGCUAGAAAAACCCACUUAUGAAGAUAUUGCCAAUGAACCCUUAGAUGAUCAGAUAUUCAAGAAGCAAAAAUUUGAAAACGAUGGAAUUGUAGAGGAUAAAUUACUACCUGUAGCCAUUAGACAAGAAAAUAUUCCACUUGAAUUACAAGAGAUCGAUCCGAAUGCCCAACCUACACUUUCAGAUUAUGACAAUAUCCAACUGUUACUACGACUAUACACCUUAAGACAAACCUCUCCGGCUUUUGAUCCUCUUGUUGAAGAGGAGCUUGGUGCGCUAGUCGGUAGAAUUAUUUACCAGGAAGGACCAAAAAACUGGACUAUCUUCUCUAGAGCACUAUGGGAAAGAUCUGUGAUUGAAACUACUAAGGCCAAAACUAUCGAGAGGGGUAUUUUACAGAUGCAAUCUUUAGUAGAAGAACUAGGGUUGAAAAUAUCAACCACUUUGUUACCUAAAGCAACUGAUCCAGAGUACGAAAGCUCUAUGCCAAGAUUAAAAUACAUCCAUCAAAUUCCAUUCAUACCAAGAUGGGAACUAGAUGCCAAAUUAGCUGAAAAAUAUAUGUCUCUUGGUGUUUUGAAGUCGGCUGUUGAGAUAUAUGAGCGGUUGGGAAUGAGCUGUGAAGCUGCGUUAUGUUAUGCUGCUGUAGGUGAUGAAAAGAAAGCUGAACAAAUGUUAUUGAACAGAAUCGAAUCCACACCUAAUGAUGCCAGGGCCUAUUCUAUACUUGGUGACAUAAGACAAGACCCCUCUCUAUGGGAGAAAAGUUGGUCAAUCGGUAAAUAUGUCAACGCCAAAAACUCGUUGGCUAGAUAUUAUUUUAACCCACCACCAAACGCCAAUAUAGAAAAGAAUUACGGUUUAGCUUUGAAACAUCUGAAUGAUUCCUUGAGACAGUACUCAUUAAGCUUUGAAACUUGGUAUUUCUAUGGUUGCAUCGCUCUUGAGUGCAAUAAAAUGGAAAUAGCUGCCGAAGCCUUCACUAGAUGUACUGCAUUAGAUCCAACACAUGCUAUGUCUUGGUCCAACCUGAGUGCUGCCUAUGUCCAACAAGGUAAACUAAAGGAAGCACAUAGCUGUCUGAAGCAGGCUAUAUCCAGUGACUCUCAAAAGAACUGGAGGAUAUGGGAGAAUUUCUUGUUAGUGUCUGUUAAAUUAGAUGAAUGGGAGGAUGUUUUAGCUGCAUGUAAGCAACUGAUCGAGAUCAAGAAGGAUAAGAGUGGGGAACAGGCUAUUGAUCUACCUGUUGUUGAAAAAUUGGUAGAGCUCCUUGUUACAUCAGAUUACCCGAAACCAAAUGAGGAAGGUGAGGUUAAGUUUACAUAUUUUCAAAGGAGUUGCAUGGAUUUUAUUUGCAAUACACUUCCAUCCGUUAUUACAACUGACGCAAGAUGUUGGAAGUUAGCUGCAAGGGUAGAGCUGUGGCGUAAGAGACCUUGGGCUUCCCUAGAAUGCGAAGAGAAGGCAUAUCGUGCUGUCAGCCAUAACCCAGACAUGGACGUCGACGAGAGAGUAUGGAACGAAGUUGUCGAGGUUUGUAGCGAUCUAGUUGCUGCGUAUGAGUCUCUGGGCGAGAUGGAAGGCAAACAUGGCGAGGGCAGUUUAGUCUGCAAAGAUUGGAAGUAUAAAUGUAGGUCCACAAUCAAGGCAUUGAUGAGCAGAGGUAAGAGCAGAUGGGAGGAUACAGACGGCUGGGAGAAGUUACUCGAAUUACGUGAACAAUUGUAA